CUCAGAGGUCACGCGCUAGAUAAGACUGGAGCAAAACUGGAAGAGCCAAUAGACCUCCCAAUUAAAAUCGUGGAUAUAAAUGACAAUUUUCCAGUGUUUUCACACGAAGUUUUUGUUGGUUCAGUUGAAGAAUUAAGCGAAACAGGUACAAUUGUAAUGAGGAUAAAUGCAACAGAUGCAGAUGAACCAAAUAACCUAAAUUCCAAAAUUGCUUUCAGGAUCAUUUCCCAAAGCCCUGGCGCUGCUUUCAGUAUGGAUAAGGAUACUGGCGAGGUUCGAGUAGCAAAAAUAAACCUUGACAGAGAGACACAAAGUAGCUAUUCUUUGAUGGUGGAAGCAAAAGACCGUGGUGGUGAAUUAGGUGGGAAUGCUGCAACAUGUUCUUUAGAAAUCAAGAUUUUGGAUGUCAAUGACAAUCUGCCUGUGGUUGAGAGUCGUGCAUUUGAAGGAAGCGUUGAAGAAAACAGAGCAAAUGUGGAAAUUCUGCGAAUAAAAGUAUUUGACAAAGAUGAAGAGUUUUCUGAUAACUGGCUGGCAAACUUUUCAUUUAUUUCUGGUAAUGAAGGUGGCUUUUUUCAUAUAGUAACAGAUAACCAAACAAAUGAAGGAAUUUUGACACUUGUGAAGGAACUGGAUUAUGAAAAAAUGCAAAGCCUAAACUUGGGCAUUGUUGUUACAAACAAAGCAGAGUUCCACAAGUCAAUUAAACACAGUUAUAAAGCACAAACAAUCCCAAUCAAAAUUAAUGUGAUUAAUGUGCGGGAAGGCCUUGUAUUCCCCGGUGGCACAAAAAUUAUUGAAGCAAGUGAGAAACUGCAGAUAAGACAGGUUAUUGGACAGUAUCAAGCCUAUGAUGAAGACACUGGAAAAAUAGCAGAGCGCAUUACAUACAUGAAAGGAAGAGAUACAGCAAACUGGAUCACAAUAGACUCAGUCACAGGUGAAAUCCAACUUGCCAAAGAACUGGAUUACGAAUCAUCUCAUGUAGUAAAUGGUACCUACACUAUCACCGUAUUGGGUGUAACUACUGAUUUUCCUAAGAAAACAGCCACCGGCACAGUCAUUAUUCAAGUUAAAGAUGAGAAUGAUAACUGCCCAGUUAUUGUGAACCCUGUGCAGACUGUGUGUUCAGAUGCAAAAUUAGUUGAUGUUACAGCUAAUGAUUUGGAUGGUUACCCAAACAGUGAUCCCUUCAGCUUUACUGUCAUUGAUAAGCCAGAAGGGACAGCAAAAAAAUGGAUAAUUGCAUCCAGAAAUGGCACCAGCAUACAGCUGGUACCACAAAACCUGAAGCCGGGCAGAACUGAAGUUCCCAUCCUAAUACAGGAUUUCCAAGGGUUCAGCUGUGCUCAAGCGCAGUCUCUGCAACUGACUGUUUGUAAGUGUGCGGACGACGGCGUAUGCAAAGAGAAAGUUAUUGGCGCUAAGUCAGUGGGCCUGGGACCAGGAGCGGUUGCACUAAUCGUCUUGGCGUUUUUACUUUUGCUGCUUAUUCCACUGUUACUGCUGCUGUGUCCCUGCGGCUCAGGAGCGAAAGGAUUUGCUGCGAUACCGGACUACAGCGAAGCGAUGUUGCGUCAGUGGAACAGCGAAGGGGCAGCUCCCGAGGAGAAGCCAGUGCUAAGCCUCAUCCCACCCACUGCACUGGGGAACUCGAGAGGAGCGACCAGCGGAGCAGCAGGAAUGAGCGGAGAGGAAACUGCAGCAGGAGGAGGCAGCUCUGUCUCUCAUGUAAGAGAGCAUCACAACACUACUAUUACCAAGGAAAGAUGGGAAGAGCAAAGACAUCUCCUUUCUGGUGCUGAAUAUGGAGCCAUGGCAGCUGGAGGGGCUGAAGGCAUGGCAGGUGUAGAAGGCAAGACAGUGGUGGGUGCAGGAGGAAUCACGGUGGGAGCAGCAGGAGCCAUGAAUGAAGAAUUUUUAAGAGACUACUUCAAUGACAAAGCUGUCUCUUUUGCGGAUGAAGAUGAAGCCCAAGCUGCAAAUGACUGUCUCCUAGUUUAUUCCCAAGGAGAGUCAGGCUCCCCCCAUGGCUCCGUCGGCUGCUGCAGCUUUAUUGAGGGUGAUCUUGAUGACCACUUCCUUGAUGAUUUGGGAGACAAAUUUAAGACUCUAGCAGAAAUAUGCAUAGGUAGACACAUCAACAUGAAAGACAGUAGCUCCAGGAAUGAAUCAGGUUUUGGUCUUAAUGACGCAAAGUCGUGGUUCUUAGAUCAGCAAAACGCUUCCAGCUCGGAACAAGCCUUUGCCUCGGGCAGCCGCUUCCAGCCUGGCCCCCCGGCACACAUGGGCAGUGGCGCAGGAGAAGAGACCGUGUCCGAGGAGGUGGUCACGGAAACAACCUUUGCAACCCGCUCUGGGCAGCACGACGCCCGGCCGCUUCCCACGGCCCACACGGAGACCAAUUUCACGGUGACGGAAACAUCCUACUCUGCGGGGGCUCCUGUCUGCUCAGCCACUGUCUUUCUAGACCCCCAGUUUAAGGAGAACGUAGUGGUGACAGAGAGAGUGCUGGCACCCGCGUCGAGCUUGCAGGGUAUGGUGGAAAUCCCCCACUUGCCGCACGGAAGCAAUGUGGUGGUUACGGAGAGAAUGAUGAAGUCAGAGGGCGCCGGGCCAGGAGCCCUGACGGUUGAGGAUCUCCCCGACUCCCAGUACGUCGUGGUGAGGGAGCGGGAGAGGGUGCUUGUGCCCGCUGCAGAGCAGGGCUCGCUCAGCUUCCCCGCUUUGGCAGAGGGGCGCGGCGUGGUGGUGAACGAAAGGGCGGUGACGACCUCGGGGAUGCAGAGCAGAGCCGAACAGGCGGCGGGUGCCGGCUCGGGAAGGCAAGAGCACGUGUUGAUCACAGACUCUCUGCUUAACCAGGCGGGCUCCAACUUAGAGGGGCCGCCUCCUGCCAGCGCCACGCUGAGCAAGUCUUCCAGGGUCACCAAAUACAGCACGGUGCAGUACACUCGCUCGUAG